AUGCCACCAACUCCAACAAACCACGCAACCUUCGACCCGUGGAACUCCGCCUCAACAGGCCACCAGCGCGCCGAGGACCCCUACUCCAACACCACCAGCUGGCGCGAGACCCGGCAAGCAAAGCUUGCGAUCCAGUUUGCCUCGUCGUCGGGCGACUGUGCAGGCGAGUCUACCACUACCGAAACCAACAGCGGAAGUGGAAAUAGAGGAGAAGGAGAAUGGAAAUGGCUCUCUGCGGCCGAGGCGCAACGCAACCAGCUCGGAUGCAGGGAUAUCCGGACGAUGAUGGGGGGAAGCAAGAAGCGUCCUUCUUCUCCUUCUACGCCUGCCUCUGCUGUCGACGACGAAGACGAAGACGCAGGUAAAUGCAAGAAAGCGAGGGUGGACAGGGAGAUCAUCCUCGGCCAAACUCAGACACCACCCAACCCAGAGAACAAACCCCAAGUCGAAGACAAAGACGGGGCGAGGAAGAUACUCAGAGGAACAACCAUCUACGUCAACGGCUCCACAAUGCCGCACAUCUCCGACCACAGACUCAAGUCCCUUCUUGUGCUGCACGGCGCGGAGGUCGCCAUCUCCCUGGCCAGGAAGAGUGUCACGCAUGUUAUCGUUGGCAAGCCGAAUGGCGGGCCUGGCAGUCGAGCGGGAGCCGGCGGAGGACUCGCGGCGGGGAAAUUGCAGAGGGAGAUUUCGAGGGCUGGGUGGAGGGGGGUUAAGGUUGUUGGUGUUGAGUGGGCGUUGGAGAGUAUCAAGGCGGGGAAGAGGCUUUCAGAGGGGCGGUUUGCGCUGGAUUUGGCGCCGGGUGCGCAGAGGAGUGUGAUGGCGAUGUUUCGACGGUGA